UUGUGCAUAAUUUGCUGUCAAGAUGACCUCAGGACCGUACAACUAUUCCUACAUUUUUAAGUACAUUAUCAUUGGAGACAUGGGAGUGGGAAAGUCAUGUCUUCUGCAUCAGUUCACAGAGAAAAAAUUCAUGGCUGAUUGUCCCCACACCAUUGGUGUGGAGUUUGGGACUCGCAUCAUAGAAGUGGCAGGCCAGAAGAUCAAACUGCAAAUCUGGGACACAGCUGGCCAGGAGAGAUUCAGAGCUGUUACUCGAUCUUAUUACAGAGGAGCUGCUGGGGCCCUUAUGGUGUAUGAUAUCACCAGAAGGUCAACAUACAAUCACCUGAGCAGCUGGCUUACAGACACACGAAACUUGACCAACCCCAGCACUGUUAUAUUCCUAAUCGGCAACAAGUCCGACUUAGAUGGCCAGAGAGACGUCACAUAUGAAGAAGCUAAACAGUUCGCCGAUGAAAACGGUUUAAUGUUCGUGGAAGCUAGUGCCAAAACUGGUCAAAAUGUAGAGGAGGCUUUCUUAGAGACAGCUAAGAAAAUAUACCAGAGCAUUCAAGAUGGGCGAUUGGACUUGAAUGCCGCGGAGUCGGGAGUACAGCACAAGCCCGCGUCGCCGGGUCGCCCGCUCGCUGCGCCUCCUUCCGCUAAGGACAAUUGCGCUUGCUAACCGGUCACUUGCACUAGGACUCGCGGGUACUAAGCCAGGACGACGGUGGAUACACUUCCACGCAACCCCAGUCAAAACACAGGGAACAAUACUGUGGACGUCUCCCAAGGAUUUCCUGGCUACGUCCCUCACACUUCGAUUGGGGUAAUCAUACUUAAUGAAUAAGAAUCGUUACGUUAGUAAUAAAUGCAAUUAUCAAGAAUACCAAUUUAAUUUUGACAUAUUUGUAAUAAGUACAUUCCACAUGAAAAAUAAAAGAUUUAGGAUGAAAUUAAGAUGAUCUAUAGAUAAUAAACGCGAUCUUUAUACAUAUAGUUGUAAAGAGCAUCACAAGCGGGAUCAGAUUACGCCGUGUCGAUAAUAGUUACAUUUUCGGAGUUACAUGUUAUUGUAGUAAAAACUAAAAAUACAUUUUCCGGCUCGAAUUAAAUGUCUUGCUUUCAAUAUUAACUAGUUUAAAUGAUCAAUAUUUCUGUUGCUUUUAUUAGGUACAUGACGUUAUUUAUUGAAUUUAAAGCGUGUAUGUAAUGGAUAUUCUUUUAUUAUAGAUAUCACUGUAGAUGUAUAUUUCUUAGCGCAAUUUUUAAAUGCUAGAUUUAUGUUCAGGUCAAAACGCAAACUUAAACCUGAUGUGUAUGAAAAUUAUAAUAUUAAAAUGGUGUGCAAGACAAAAAGGUGCAUUUUCGUCUGACACCUUCGUUUUUGUGUACGAAUCUCUGCAGUUAACGAACCUAGCGAAUCGUCACAAUUCUUCUAGUUAAGGCAGUCGACCUUCAUGCGUCGUAAUUAGGUGUAACUACUGAUGUAAGCCACAAUAAUCAGCAUUAUUACAUUGCGCCG